UUUUCACUUGGGUCUCUCUCUGCGCCAGCUGAGUCAGAACACCGUUCCGCACCUUGUUUCUUUGGCUUUGCUCUCUCUCUUUCUCUGUCUCUUGUUUUUACUUGGGUCCCUUCAUUUCUCCGUCGCUUUAUCGCCGAUCGCAGCAGAAUGGAUACCGGCUACGUUCUCAGCGUCGAGCCUCAGGAGCUCCAAUUUCCAUUUGAAUUGAGGAAGCAGAUCUCUUGUUCCCUACACCUGUUAAAUAAGAGCGAAAAUUAUGUGGCUUUCAAGGUUAUGACGACGAAUCGAAAACAGUACCGUGUUAGGCCUAAUGCUGGGGUUGUGCCGCCAAGGUCCACUUGUGAUGUUAGAGUUACAAUGCAAGCACAAACGGAGGCGCCUCCUGAUAUGCAAUGCAAGGACAAGUUUUUACUUCGGAGUGUCGUUGCAAGUCCUGGAGCUACUGCAAUGGAUGUCAAUGCAGAGAUGUUCAAUAAAGAGGCAGGGCAUCAUGUUGAAGAGUGCAAAUUCAAGGUUGUUUAUGUUGCUCCUCCUAGACCACCAUCAUCAGUUCGAGAAGGGUCAGAGGAAGGUUCUUCACCCAGAGCUUCUGUGUCUGACGAUGGGAGCCUGAGCGCCUCUGUACAAACCAGUGUUAUUAAACCCCGUCCGAAAGAUGACCCGGCGAAUGGAUCCGGUGAAAGGCUUUUGACGGCUUUUCCCUCGGGAAUGCCCAGUAAUAUUGGGCCAACACAAUAUAGUUAUGAACAACUAUCAAAAGCAACUGGUUAUUUCUCCAACAAGUACCUCCUUGGCCAAGGUGGUUUUGGUCAAGUAUAUAAGGGUGACCUACAUGGUGAAAUCCUUGCUAUUAAGAAACUUUGCUAUUUCCAGGAACAGACCAGAGAAGAAUUGGUCCAUGAGAUUGCAGUGAUUAACAGUGUUCGUCAUUGUAAUCUUGUUAAGUUGCUUGGCUACUGCAUUGAAGGAGGCAAUGCAUUGCUUGUUUUAGAGUAUUGUCUCAAUAAAUCCUUGAGAUUUCAUUUACAUGGAGGAGGAAAGGAGAUUUUGGAUUGGCCAACAAGAAUGAAAAUUGCCAUAGGCUCUGCAAAAGGAUUGGAAUAUCUACAUGAGCACUCGUCUCCUAGGAUUAUUCACCGAGAUAUCAAGCCAGAUAACAUUCUUCUUAAUAUCAAUUUUGAACCAAAGAUUGCUGAUUUUGGACUUGCCUUAUUUUUUCCGAAUACUGUUACUCAUAUCUCAAGAUCCAUUGCAGGAACUGAAGUUUAUAUAGAUCCAGAGUAUUCCAGAAGGGUAUCUAGUAACUCAGAUGUCUAUUCUUUCGGCGUGGUGCUUCUAGAACUUAUCACUGGAAGAGAACCUAAAUAUCAAGGCAUUGACAUUGUUAGUUGGGCAAAAGCUCGAAUUGGACAUGCUUUGAAUGGACAAUAUACAGACUUUGUUGAUUCAAAUUUGCAAAGCUAUGAUAGAAGUGAAAUGGAAUGGAUGAUUUCUUGUGCUGCGGUUUGUGUUUAUAAUCCUUUUGAGUCUCGCCCACAAAUGAAAGAGAUAGUUCGAGCUCUUGAAGGAUAUGGUCCUCCAAAGGAUAAGGCUGCAGAGCAAUGUGGAUGGCAAGCUGGUGGUGCUUUGUGCCCAGGAGGCCUAUGUUGCAGCCAAUAUGGCUGGUGUGCCAACACACCUGAAUAUUGUGGCAGUGGCUGCCAAAGCCAAUGUGACGGUGGAGGUGGUGGUGAAGAUGGCGGCAUAGACCUUGGUAGUAUCAUCUCAAGAUCAACGUUUGAGGAGAUGCUUAAACAUAGAAAUGAUGCUGCUUGCCCUGCCAAGGGAUUCUAUACCUAUGACGCUUUUAUAUCAGCAGCCAAAGCAUUUCCAGCCUUCGGCACCACCGGAGAUGUUGAUACACGUAAAAGGGAGAUUGCUGCAUUCUUUGGCCAGACAUCUCAUGCAACUACAGGAGGGUGGCCAACUGCACCAGAUGGACCAUAUGCUUGGGGAUAUUGCUACAAGGAGGAGCUAAAUCAAGCGUCGUCUUACUGUUCUCCAAGUCCCGCUUAUCCUUGUGCUCCUGGCAAGAAAUAUUACGGUAGAGGUCCCAUCCAACUUUCAUGGAAUUAUAAUUAUGGGCAAUGUGGGCAAGCCUUAGGAUUAGACCUAUUGAACAAUCCAGACCUUGUAGCGACAGAUCGAGUCAUUUCUUUCAAGGCAGCAAUUUGGUUCUGGAUGACUCCACAAUUUCCAAAGCCCUCUUGUCAUGACGUCAUCACUGGACAAUGGUCACCCACCGGCCACGAUAUUUCAGCUGGAAGAGCUCCAGGUUAUGGUGUGAUAACAAACAUCAUCAAUGGUGGUCUUGAAUGUGGUAGGGGUUGGGAUGCUAGGGUUGAAGAUCGUAUUGGGUUUUAUAAGAGAUACUGUGAUAUGUUCGGAGUUGGCUAUGGCAGCAAUCUUGACUGCUACAAUCAAAAGCCAUUCGGAUUAGGGUGAGCACUAUUCGGUUUGAAUCGAAUAAAUCGAAUCGAAUCGUCCUAAUUCGAUAAUUUAGUUUAAUUUUUAAGGUAAUUCAGAUAGGUUCGGUUUUAGAUUUUAAAAAUUUAUGUUAUUUUGGUUCAAUUCGGUUUGAUUUUGAAGAGAAAAAAUCGAUUGAAUCGAACUAAAUUGAAUUAUUUUAUUGAUUUUUAAAUUACUUUUUUUAUAGGAAAUUUAUGUAUUAUAUAUAUUAUUGUAUAUACAAAUUAUUUGAUUUCAUUGAUUAA